AUGAAGAAGAAGGAUAAGGUCGUUGCUCCGUGCUCGCAUGCCGAGUUUGAGUCGUUGCCUGAACCACUGAGCUCGCUCGAGCGUCUGCGCAUUGCGGAGGAACAUGCCCUGCACGAGCAGCAAGGGGAGCACAAGCAUCAAUAUCAAGCGCGCCCGUGUCGCUCGAGGUCCACUGCCAUCCACCGUUCGAUACUUCCGCUAGCAUCGUCACGUCGCCGACUCGCACGAGCCGAAAGCCUAAAACACGACCAUUACGUCGCGCAGGCCGACGCCUCGUUCUUCUUGUCGCUGCCGCCAAAAGUCCAACGCAGUGCAUUUUCUCGUGAGGAGCAGACGAUUCUUGUCGGUCGCUGCGAGCUAUCCACGACCGGCUCGCCCUUGCCUCCCUCCCGCCGGACCCACCUGCACCACGACGAGGAGCAACGCUUCGGCGACUUCCACUUUGGCUUCAACAACCACGACGACAACAACGGCGGCUCCGCUCUCCACCGUGGACGCACCCUCAGGCGCCGGUCCAGCGUGUCGUCGGCCGACAUCUCCCCUACUCGCGCCUCACCCUACGGCCCCGGGCAAGAGCUGAACGCAGCCACGGAAAGCAGCCUGCUGUAUCUCGACACAAUGAGCCCUUUGGCCUCACAGCCCUCGCGGGCCAGCUUCAGGCGGACCCUGUCGCUCACCAACAUUCCCCACCGCAGCUCGACGUCGUCUGCACCCCUCGCUCCGGAGUCCCUCUCCGCUCGUGGAACCGCGCCCUGGCAUCAGCGGGCCCACUCGCAGUCAACCUCGGGCAGGCGCACCUCGCACACGCCCCAGGCCCCGGUAUUCGACCCUGAGGCUACCCACUACCGGGAUGCCGAGACACGCAAGAAGCUGCAGUUCCUCGCUUCCCCGCAGAAGUUUGACGAGGCCGUCGAGUUUGGAUUCCCCUCCACCAGCGGAGACGACACUAUGCCGCCUCGCUACCAGCUCCCUCCCAUCAGCACCGAUGCUCGCAACUUCAGCCGGGAUAUGCAGACCUUCCUCAAGGACGACCGCAUGUCUUUCUUGGACGACAACGAGGAGGAGAACAAGGGCCUGGAGUCGGACGCUGAGUCUGUUGCGGAUUUCGACUCGCCCGUCACGCCUUCCAGUGUGGGCCUUUCCUUCCGGUACCACUCUCGCAAGCAGUCGUCCAACUUCUCUUCAUCCAUCGACUCCAACGGCGUGCCUUUAAUCCACCCGGUCACUGGCCGUCUAAACCGCGAGAUGACGCUGCGGAUGACACUCACUCGGCCAGACCUGCGGGCUGAUGAGGAGCAGUUGUACGGCUGGCAAGGGCAGAAGACUACCACCACCAAGGAAGACCCCUUCGCCCUCGAUGAUCUUCCGCUGUCAGACGACGUGAACGGAACAAAGGGCCCGUUCUACGUCAAGCCGAAGUCCCACGGCAACCUCGUCAGCCGGCUCCUCAAGCGCACUAGCAAGAAGGGACGGUGA